UCUUGUUCCGACUAAGAUUACUUGAUCAUCAGUCUCCAAACUCUCCAACAUGAAAACCGCCGUGUUAUUAUUGGUCGUCGCUUUCGCGGCUCUAGCUUCAGUCCAUGAAGCAUCCGGAAAGGCUAUCGAGAGCAAAGUAGCUGGAAGGAAUAAGCGUGCUAUCUUCGGACUCGGCAAAUUGGUUGGCGGAGUAGUAGGCGGAGUUGGCCAAGUGGUUGGCGGAGUAGUAGGUGGAGUUGGCCAAGUCGUUGGCGAAGCCCUGGACAAUACUGGUACCGUGGUUGGCGGAGUCCUCAACAAUACUGGUAACCUCGUUGGCGAUGCACUGGAAGGAGUUGGCCAAGUCGUAGACGGAGUAGUGGACGGAGUACAAGACUUGGUAUCAAACGUACUGAACUCAACCGGCGCUGCACUCGACGAAAUUGUGAACUCCGCAUUAAACCUUGUUGAACAAAUUACUAACGUCGAUCUGAAGGAGACUCUGACUAAUAUUUUCAACGGUGUGUCAGAACUAGUCAAUGAAAUAGGAACCUCCCUAAAGGAACUGAGCGAGCAAGGCUUGGAAGACUUAAAAGCUAAGAUUGCUGAACUUAAGCAACAAAUUGAAGAAGCUCAAAACGCAGUCAAUGAAAUAGCUUCGGGUAUUGCAGCGGCACAGAAGGAACUACUUGUUAAUUUACUAACGGAGGCUAAUGCGGCAUUGGACUCAUUACAAGAGCAGUUAAACGCAUUGAUAGAUGCUGUGCAAGAGAGUGCUUCUGCUGCCAGUAGCGAUGCUGCCAGUUCUGAUGCCGCCACCGCCGAAGCAACUGCUUAAACUGUUACCAAAAGACCACGGACUGAACUAAUUCUUCAACGACAAUCUGAGUACAGUGAAAUGUUUUAAUUUUAUUUUUCAAAUUAUGUUCAAACUUGUUUAAAUUCACAUCAUCAGCUUAGUUUAUCUUUUGGAAAUAAAUUUCUGCUUGUAUUGCA